AAUUGUGAAAUGGAAAAAUAAUUUAUUUAUUAUUAUUUUUUCUUAUAUCUUGUUUAUUUUUUAGUUAUUCAGCAGCUUGUAAAAAUGUUCUUCUACUGAAUGUUCAUUUGUGUAGUAAUAAAAAUACAGGCGUCAUUUGAAUAGCCUCAAAAGUUUAGCGGAAUUGGUAAUGCACCUUCAAAAUGAGCGAUUUAACUGAAAAAUUCAAAAAUUUAGAAGUGAGCAACGAGUUAUUCAAAGACGUUAAGUUUUAUGUUAGUGGCGAGGUUGAAGAAGAAGUUAUCUCACUUUUAACUAAGGGGGGUGCUGAUCAAUCGAAGUACUUCUCAGAUUUCGUCACCCAUUUGAUUUGCGGCGAAAACCCUGAAGAAACAGACAUUAUAGAUGCUACAGACGUCUAUGAAGUCCCAGCCGUAACACCAAAAUGGAUAGUAAUAAGUUCACAGUUGAACAGAUUAGUGAGCACCAAACCUUAUCUGUUCAAUCGACCACAAAUAUUCGCAUCUAAAAUUUUCUGCUUCUCUAAGGUCAAAGAUGACUUGGAAUCACUGUGGGCUCUGAUAACCUACCAAGGUGGUAGAAUCCAACUCAACUUGGAUCAAAAUUGUAAUUAUCUAGUAACAGUGGAUACCAAUUCUACCAAAUAUGAAAAGGCUCUAAGUUUAGGACCUGAGAACAUAUGUAUUGUAACACCCGACUGGAUUCUAGAGUGUAUUAAGAAUAAGGCGUUGAUUCAGCCUGAUUUGUUCCAUCCUCGUCUGAUAGAUUGGCCUAAGCCUCCACCCCCAGUACAUCAUGAAAGUACAACCGCAAUAACUGGGUUUGAAGAAUCUGAAACUACUGAGAAAGACGGUAGUAACGACGAAGUUGCUAAUUCAACACAGGCUCUAUUAGAAAAACUAAAGCAGAGGAUGCCUUGGAACCAGCCGGAACAACCGCAAACCACACAGCAGCAGCAACAACAACAACCGCCUAAAAUGGAGCAGGUCUCGCAAAUCCAAACUACUAAAAUGAAAGAAAUUGUACCCCCGAAUGUAGUCGCGCCCAGUUUUCAUCAGAAACAAGGGGAACAAGCCCAGACUCAGCAGAUGUUGAGCCAUCAGCAAAUCUUACAAAAACUUCAGAUGUCCCAAUCUCAAAGUGCCAAAACGUCCAUGUCCAAUAUCCCUCAACAAAUGACUCCCGAGCAGCAACAGAUGGUUCAGAAUGCUCUUCAGCAAGCGCAGCAGAACAUUCAUUCUCAAAGAUUGAGCCAGCAAAAUUUGAUGAGCACACAGCAACAACAGAACACGAUACAAUCAUCACAGAUCGGUUUUUCUCAGCAAAACGUCCAGCAGUCUCAACAGGGCUCACAGCAACAAGCGCCCCUUCAAUCGCCGUCACCUCUACAACAGAGUCCGGUGGCCCAGCAAGGUCCUAGAGCUGUUCUUCAUCAUCUACCUCAGGGGCAACAAUUGCAGUUUCAACAGAGCAACACUAUUAACCGAAAUAUAAACAGGCCAUCGUUACAACAGCUCAGGGGACAGUUGGGUACAACUCAACUCCAACAACAGCUACUGCAACAGCAACAGCAAAGACUGAACCAACAGCAGCAGCAGCAACAACAGCAACAGCAACAAAACGUGCUGCAGAGAACCCAGUUGACUCUCCAACAACAACAGCUUCUUCAACUGCAGCUGCAACAAGGUCAAAUCAGUCAAGCAAGACAGUUAUUGCAGCAGAACCAGCAACAAAUCAAUCUCAACCAAAAUCAAUCCAUUCAGCCCACUUCGAUCAGUCAAAACCAACAGAUUUUGAGCGGAAACCAAAUGAUAAAUACCCAACAUUUGACUCCAAACCAAUUAUCACAGCUGCAAAAUAGAGCGCAACAGUUGAACCAGCAGAAACUGACUCAGAACCAUCAGAUAAGCCAACUACUCGCUCAACGGCAAGCCCAACUCAAUCAAAGGUUGGGCCAUCAGUUAACUCCCGAUCAACUCUUGCAGAACCAACAAAUUGGUCAACCCCAGCUGGCGGGACAGCAGAUGAAUCAGAACCAGCAGAUCCAACUCAAUCAGAAUCGUAUGGUCAAUCAAAAUCAACAGCAUUUGCAGCAGUUGAAGUUGGUUCAACAACAGCAACAGUCCCAGCAGACGAUCGGUCAGAAUCAGCAAUUGGGACAGAAUGUCAUGGACCACGGUCAAAUCGGACAAGUGGAUCAGCAGAUGGGUCAGAUGCAGCAGCAACAAACCCAAAUCGGACAGGUUCAGAUCGGAAACAACCAGCAGAUUAAUCAGGGUAUGGUUCAAAAUCAGCAGAUCGGUCAAGGCAUGGUUCAGAACCAACAGAUCAAUCAGUCCUUGGGACAGAGUCAACUUAAUCAGAAUCAGUUGAGCCAAAACCAGCUCAAUCAAGGACUAGGCCAAAAUCAGCUGGUACAAGGACAGUUAAAUCAAGGUUUGACCCAGAACCAGCAGCAAUUAAACCAGGGUUUAACACAGAACCAGCAGCAGUUGAACCAGGGUCUACCCCAUCAGCAGCCCGUUAAUCAGGGUUUGAACCAGAGCCAUCAAUUGGUUCAAGGUAACAUGAAUCAAAACCAACAGCUGUUGCAAUCUUUGGGCCAGAAUCAGCAGCUGAACGAGUCUCUCGGUCAGUCCCAGCAGAUGACCCAAACGCAGAGAUUGCUGCAGAGUCAGCAGCUGAAUCCUCAAAUCACACAAACGCAGGCGUUGAACCAGACCGAGCAGUCCCAGCAAGUCGUCCAUAAUCAGCAGCAAUUGACCGAGACACCCAGACAGCAGAUAAACGUCGGUCUGAAUCACAUCUUGAACCAGCAGAUCAAUCAGGGUCAGCAGAGGCUGAACCAGACCCAGCUGAUCAAUCAGCAGUUGAACCAGCUGAAUCAGCAGUUGAGUCAGAGCCAGAUAAGUCACCAGCAGAUUCCCCAGAGUCCCAUAGCGCAGAAUCCGAACCAGCAGUUCGGAAACAUAAUUCAGCAGCAGCAACAGCAGAUGCAAAACCAACAACAGCAGAUACUGAGCGGGAAUUCAUUGACGCAGGUUAGACAGGUGGUCGGGAGCAAUCAGCAGAUAAUUCAACAGCAGCAACAACAACAGUUUGGACAGAAUCAGCAGCAGUUCGGUCAACAGCAAGAGGGGACCAAUCAGGGUCAAAUUCUGCUCAAUCAGCAACAGAAUCAGUUCGGACAGCAGGUGCAGGGUCAGCAGGGUAUACAGCAGACUCGACCUUUGUUGCAGCAGCAACAGCUCUGGGCUCAGCAACAACAGACCCAACAACAAGCACCGGGACAGUCUCAGAUCCCCAGGCAACCGUUGAACGUGCAGCAGGGGCAAAGGGUGCAGUGGCCCCCCGGUAGUCAGCAGGGACAGGGGGUGCAGCCUAGGCAAUUCAUACAUUUGGAUGCUCAGACUCACAACCAGCUGCAGAAGAUGCCUCCGGAGCAGCAGGCCUUGUUCAUCGCAAGGUUGCAGCAGAAGCAGAGGCAGCUGUUGUUGAAGCAGGCGCAGCAGAGGGGGGCCGGUCAUAUUUUGAUCAGGGGUCCUGUACCUGCCGGUCUUAACCCCCAACAGCAGAUGGCGUGGUUGCAGCAACAGGCCAACAAGCAGGGCGUCGUUUUACCCACCAAUUUGCAACAGCAGACCGUCACUUCUACCACCAUGAACCAACAGCCGGGACCGUCCAGUGCUCCGGGACCUUCCGGCCUCAACCAGACCCCCGGCUUGAGCCCCAUACAGCAGUCAGCGCACGCGCAGGAGCAAAAGCUCAAACAGUUGAGGCUGCAACAGUUGCAGAGGGAGCAGCUGCAGAAGGCGGCCGCCACGCCGUCCCUGCAGCAAUCCCAGCAGGCCAUAGCCAGACCGAUGUCCCAGGCUCCUGUUGCAGAACCUCAGGUCCCCAUCCAAGACCCAUCGGUGGGACAGAGCCAGGUCCUCGUCAACCCUAAGACCAAGACAGCCCUGGCGAAUAUGCUGAGUAUCAGGCUCCAGAGCGGGGGUAACGCCGUGGGGGCCCCACAGGACGCCAUACCCGAACCUUCCGCGGCUGGUACCUUGAGGUUGAUGACGGCCCAGCAUAACGCCUCGCUGAACGCCAACAGCAGACCGUUGGACCUGCUGGCCAUGCAGCAACAACGCAGGGCCUUGGCAGGCCCCAGUGGUAGCGAUAUAAGGCCCCCCGCGCCCCAGAACCUACCGGCGGCGCCUCAGGUCGAACAGCAGGCGCAGUCCUCUUCGAAGGCGGCUUCUGCGGCUUCUUCUGUGCCCGUGCAGCAUAGGCCGGGGCCCUUUUAUGGACACAACCCAAAUCUGAAACUGCCGGAGGACAAAUUCUUCUUGGGCUGCGUCUUUGUCGUGGUAGAAGUCCAGGACAUUCUCAAGCGCAUGAUGCCAAACUUCAAGGAAAAAGUCGAAUACCACGGCGGGGAGGUGGAGAAGCAGUACUGCGCCAGGGUGACCCACGUGCUAUGCCUCACGCAGCGUCACGGCAUCGUCAUGCAGGCCCUCAGGGACUGCAAACGCUGCGUCACCCUGUACUGGCUGGAGGACGUCAUCAGGAAGGAGCAGCUGCUGCCCCCUUGGAUAGCCCUGCACGUGCCGGCCAUGUACAUCGACACGCACCCCUGCGCCAAACAUCUCAUCACCACCGUCGGCUUCGAGGGCAAGGAGAAGGGCAGGGUGCAGCAGAUGAUCCUCAACACCGGCGCCAAGUACACGGAGUACAUGUCCAAACACAACACCCUGUUGAUAGCUGCUAAACCGAAGGGGAACAAGUGCAAGAAGGCCAAGAACUGGAACAUCCCCAUCCUGAACCUGCAGUGGCUCACCGACAUCCUGUUGGGUAACUACGGCGCGUUGCAGCAGAUCGACAACGCCAUCUAUCAGCAGUUCACCGACCCGCCCAACUUCAGCUUCGACCCCAAGGUGUGUCCCAACAUAAUGCACGGUUGGAAGAUGCCGAUAAACAUAUCCCAAGACACCUACGAGAAGGUUAAGAAGUCCACAGCUGAGGCCAAGAAGGGUAGACAGCUGGAGGUCGAAGAGGAAACGGACGAUGAUGACGACGACGACGAUGACGAUACGACCUCUGAUGAUGACGAUAGCUACGACGAGGUGGACGAAGAGGGGGACGCCAUGGUGACAGACCAGGGUACUGCGCAGAAUCCGGAGUACAACAUCAUGUUCACCAGCAUACCCUCAUCCCUACAAGACUUGGUCGAGAUCGUAAAGAGCCUGGGGGGAAGCGUGACCAACGAUGCCAACGCUUGCACGCACCUGGUGAUGCAGGACCCGGAACGUACCAUCAAGCUGUUGCUGUGCCUGCCCAGGCAGAUACCAGUAGUGCCAGUCAAGUGGUUGCGGGACUCCAAGGCGGCCGGGAAAUUCCUAGACCCCUCCCAGUACCCCUUCCAGAAGGUGGCCGGCUUCAAUCGACGCUACAACUGCGAUCUCAACGCCCUCUUGCGGAAGGAAAACCGCGAUAAGGUCCUUCAAGGCAAGAGUUUCUGGGUGACGCCCAGGGUCUUCCCGAACGAACGCAUGGUGCGCAGGGUGAUACAGAGCUGCGGGGGGGUGGUGGAGGAGGUGAGGAGGACGGCCGCCCAGAUCGAGGCGACCAAUCAGACGGCGCCCCACAGUUACUUCAUAGUGACGGUGGAGGAGGACGUGCAUCUCACCGGCGAUCUGCUGCGUAACAAGAAGGAGAAGGUCAAGUAUAUCUGCAACACUGAGCUGGUUUUCCACGCCGUUAUGACGCAGAAGAUCGUUGUGGACCCGUGGACGAUCAACGUCAGGUCCUAGUUUAUUUCUUUAAAAGACUGAAACUCGACGAAGUCUGGCAACGUCCGUUUUUUAACGAGAUCUGCUGGCUUUGUUGGGACUGGAGGUUAGGUCGAGGGGACGCUCUUCGGUCUACUCCAUAGGAUACUUUCAUGUUAUAAUGUUUUUGGAAAUUAUAAAUUUUUGAAAUGAA